UGUACGCUGCAGGGUACGCCUCGUCAACCUGCGUUCUCCAUGGACGGGGACUUUGUGAUUGGAGGGGCUUUCUUAUUUCACUACCAAGUGCAGACAGUGAUUAAUAACUACACCACCAAGCCUGAGCUUCCAAUAUGCAAAGGGAGCUUUAGCGCUUGGGGUCUGCACUUCUCUCGCACAAUGAUCUUUGCUAUUGAGGAGAUCAACAACAGCACAGAGCUGCUGCCAGGUGUCAGACUUGGAUAUCAGAUAUUUGACACCUGCGCCUCUGUGCCUGUUGCCGUGCAUGUGGCAUUUCAGCUUUCUAACGGCCAGGACCCCGCGUUUUACCAAGGUAGCAACUGUUCAAAGUCUGGAGAGGUGCUGGCUGCUGUUGGAGACUCUGGAUCCACAUCCUCCAUCAGCAUCUCACGAAUCUUUGGGUCCUUUAAAAUCCCUCUGGUGAGCCACUUUGCCACCUGUGCCUGCCUGUCUGAUAAACACGAGUACCCGACUUUUUUCAGAACGAUUCCCAGUGAUUAUUACCAAGCUGCUGCACUGGCCAAACUGGUGAAACACUUUGGCUGGACUUGGAUCGGAGCCGUCCAUGCAGACUCAGAUUAUGGAAAUAAUGGCAUGGCUGCUUUUCUUGACACAGCACUCAAAGAGGGGAUCUGUGUGGAGUACAUUGAAUCUUUCUAUCGAACUGACCCACAGAACAAGAUCAGAAAAGUAGCUGAUGCCGUCCGCAGAUCUACAGCCAAAGUAGUUUUGGCAUUUGCAGGUGGGGGUGAUAUGAAGGUCCUCCUAGAGGAGCUGAGCAGAGAACCUACCCCACAUCGGCAGUGGAUCGGAAGUGAAGGCUGGAUAAGCGAACCAGUCUUGAUGAGUUUCAGCUUCUGUGCGGGAGCCAUUGGAGUUGCCAUUCAGCAGUCUGUCAUCCCAGGUCUGAGAGAUUUCCUGCUGGAUCUCUCUCCCUCUGAAGUGGCAGCGUCCUCAGUGCUGACUGAGUUCUGGGAGGAUGCAUUCAACUGCAGCCUGACAGAGGCUGCUGAUCCACAUAAGGGAAAAUGUGAUGGAACAGAAGAUAUUAAAGCUCUUAAAAGUCCGUACACUGAAACAUCUCAGUUAAGAGUUUCUAACAUGGUUUAUAAGGCCGUGUAUGCAAUAGGGCAUGCUAUUCACAAUGCAGCGUGUCAGGAAACAAACGGAACCACUCAGUGUGACAAACACAUGCGUCUAGAGCCUGAACAAGUUUUAACUGAACUAAAGAAAGUAAACUUUUCCCAAAAUGGCUACCAUGUUUCAUUUGAUGCAAAUGGAGAUCCUGUGGCUUUUUAUGAGCUGGUGAACUGGCAGAGAAGUGAGAGUGGAGUUAUUGAACAGGUAACAGUGGGAUAUUAUGAUGCAUCACUGCCAAAGGGCCAUGAGUUUCAUAUCAACGGGAAAUUAACCUGGAUGGAUGGUUACAAGCAAGUUCCAGGGUCAGUUUGCUCAGAGAGUUGUCCUCCAGGAACUCGUAAAGUGUUGCAGAAAGGAAAACCAAUCUGCUGCUAUGACUGUAUACCAUGUCCUGAAGGAGAGAUCAGUAAUAUGACAGAUUCUUCUGAUUGCUUCCCAUGUCCCAGAGAGUUCUGGCCAAAUGCAGAGAGAGAUGGUUGUUUCCUGAAACCUGUGGAGUUUCUUUCCUUCGAUGAAGUCCUGUCAAUCAUCCUGGCUGUAGUUUCCAUCGGUGGAGCCUGUCUGGCCAUCAUUACAACAGUGAUUUUCUUCCAUCACAGAACAACUCCAAUUGUCAGAGCCAACAACUCUGAGCUGAGCUUCCUGCUGCUCUUCUCUCUGACUCUGUGUUUCUUAUGUUCAUUAACUUUCAUUGGAGCCCCCUCUGAGUGGUCCUGCAUGCUGCGGCACACAGCGUUUGGCAUCACAUUUGUUCUCUGUAUCUCCUGUGUUCUUGGGAAAACUAUAGUGGUUCUAAUGGCCUUUAAAGCUACACUUCCUGGUAGUAAUGCAAUGAAAUGGUUUGGUCCUGUACAACAAAGAAUGACUGUAGUAUCUAUCACCUUUAUUCAAGUUAUAAUAUGUAUCAUUUGGUUGGUUGUGAGUCCUCCCUUCCCAGUGAAAAAUCUGACCACCUACAAGGAGAAGAUCAUCCUGGAAUGUGCGUUAGGCUCUGCUGUUGGUUUCUGGGCUGUGCUCGGCUACAUCGGCCUGCUGGCUGUGUUUUGCUUUGUGUUAGCUGUUCUAGCUCGGAAACUACCUGAUAAUUUUAAUGAAGCCAAGAUGAUAACCUUCAGCAUGUUGAUAUUCUGUGCAGUCUGGAUCACCUUCAUCCCAGCUUAUGUCAGCUCUCCUGGAAAAUUUACUGUGGCUGUGGAGAUAUUUGCUAUUCUGGCCUCCAGUUUUGGACUGAUACUGUGUAUAUUUGCUCCAAAGUGUUUCAUUAUUUUGUUUCAGCCAGAAAAAAACACCAAGAAAUAUUUAAUGAAUAAAAAGUAA